UCAAUCGCUGUCCUUAGGUAAAGACGGAGCAAGGAAAAUGGCCGAAGGAUUAUGGAUCGUGCGUAGUCCGGACUGGAAACUGGAAAAUGACGAUAAGGAGGAGGGUCACGUGGGCACAGUUGUCAAGGACAACGGAAAACAAACGUAUGACGUUUACUCGGACAUGGUUGGAAAGUCCACAUGUCAAGUCGGUGAAGGCGGGAAAUUUGACCUGCACAGUUUAGACAAUGCACCAGUUGGUGGAUCUGGAAAUACAGGAAAGAUAGAAGACCUCCGAGGAAAUGGAUCAGGUGUAGGCGGAAGAAACGCGGUGCGCGUGCGUUGGGAAACAUCAGGGGAGGCAAAUGUGCAUCGUGUUGGGUGCCACGGGAAGGUUGAUCAACAAUGUGUAGAAGAAGAUCUUGGGAGCUCUUAUUACCGAGAACACUUUCCAGUUGUUGGAAAAGUUGAAAAGAAGAGGGAAAAGUCGGUAUCUAUAGACAAAUCACCUGAGUCAUUGCUAAAUAAGGGAGAUAAAUGUGUUAUCGACAUACCUGAGGAGCCAUUAAAAGAACUACAGCAAAGAUAUGGAGGAUGGUCCAGUAGAAUGUUAGAGUGCAUAGGCGAAAUUGGAGUAGUGAAAAAUUUCCCCGACGACAACGCAGUCGAAAUUGAAUACAAAGGAAAGAUUUACCAGUUUCACGCAGGCGCAGUCAGAAAGGUUUACGAAGUUAAAGUGGGAGAUGUGGUACAGGUUCUGAAAGAUGAAACAAAGGCCAUUCUCCUCCAAAGAAAUCAUGGUGGUUGGAAUGCUGACAUUAAAAAAUCGCUUGGGAAGGUGGGUAAAGUGAUGAAGAUAGACUCAGAUGGUGACGUAGCUGUUGCCUUUGGUUACCAGGCCUGGCUAUAUAACCCUGGUUUGCUGAUCCCUGUUACAGAGGGCAAUGUUGAUGUUCUGGAUGACGAGACUGACAAAGAAAGUGAUGAGGAGGACGAAGAUGACUUCAGUGGUUCACAAAACCGUGAUGAAAAACUCCAGGAAGGGACAAAUCUUACAAAGCUGGUGGCACAUUUGUUACUCAGAAAAGCAUCGGGUGCUCAAAAGCUGACUGUCGAUUCAGAGCAAAUGUUCAAUGCUUGCGCAGAUGGCAAUAUCGGGGCAGUAAAUCAGUUGAUUCAGAGAAACAAAGAUCUGGUUAACAGCUGGCAUGAGCAUCUGAGUCCAUUAAUGGCUGCUGGACACCAAGGACAUGAAAACGUUGUCAAAUUAUUGUUACAAAAUGGAGCUCGUAUAAACGCAAGCAAUAAAGACGGCAUGACACCUUUGAUGGUAUCAAUAGCAGGUAAAGAGACGGACAGUUCUAUUUGUUUGAUAAAAAACAAAGCCGAUGUUAAUGCUUGCAACAAACAAGGACGAACUCCUGCACAUUUUACAGUGCAGUUUGAACUUUAUUCGGUUUUGAAUACAGUUCUGGAAGCAGGGGCAAGUCUAAAUAAACAGGAUGUUAAAGGAAACACCCCGCUGCAUGACGCCAUUGCAAAGAGAAGUGACAGGGCCGUCAAUAUAUUUCUGAGUCAUCCCCAAAUAAACCUGAAGUUACCAAACAAACAAAAACACACACCGUUGAUGUGGGCAGCGAUGAAGGGCCACGAGUUCGCGGUUGAACGUUUGAUCGAAAUGAAGCACAGUCUGGUAAACGCCCAGAAAAAGGAUGGAUACACCGCUCUUCAUAUUGCUGCAAUAAACGAUCGCCAAGAUUCUGCUAAUAUGUUAAUCUUAAAGGGAGAAGCCCAAAUUAAUUUACAAAAUCGGCAGGGAUUAUCACCGCUUCACAUAGCAGCCAACGAAGGAUAUGACAAGAUGGCUGAACUUUUGAUUGAAAACGGAGCUGACAUGGAUUUACGAGAUAAUGACGGAGACACCCCCUUACAUCUGGCUUUGAGUGGACGCCGACAGACGGAAGGAAUUGGCCCACUUUAUGGGCUUAGUGUUAAUCCAAAUGCACAAAACCAAGAGAGAUAUAACAUAGCUGUCUUGCUGCUUCAGAAGGGGGCGGACUACAACAUUAACAACAAGAGAGGUAACUCUCCCCUAGAAGUGUGCAGGAACGGCCAGCUGAUAAUUGACGUUAGCAACUUCAUCCAGAAAAACAGACAAACUAGUAGAUCAUCAACAGGCAGACAACCUAGCAGACCACCAAAAGGCGGACGAAGCCCUAAACCAUCCAAGAGUAGGUCCGGGGCUAGCAGACAGUGUACUUCGGAAGCCCAUGCCCUCCAUAAGCUGUUAACAGAGCUGCCCAUCCUCUGUGCUAGAUGCAAACACUCCAUGGCCGACACACGCCUUAACCCCUGUAAACACAAGGUCGUAUGUGGGGACUGUAGCUUCAAAUGUCAUGUUUGCCCUCUGUGUAAAGUUCCUGUCUCCAACAGAUGUAAUAGGAAAGGUCGAAUCCAGACCGAUCCUUGCUUUGUGCAGUGAACAGACGGUCAGUUCCAUGAAUUGAUAAUCAUUUUACUUUUUUAUCACAUGAUGUUGAUGAAACCUUAUAUGAAAGAGUACAAUAGACAUUGAUAUAGUGAAUAGAUUAUCUUGUUAAUACAAACAUGUCUCAAGAGGACUGGACGGUCUAUCAUAUUAUUUUUCUUCUUGAGAUGAAGAGCUAUGUAUAAACUUGGAAAGUAUUUAGAUUUUAAAUCUUAGUUGUUUAGAUUUUUUAAACUCAAUUAUACUAUAUGGCCAAAAUGAUAAAAUCUAAAAUUUCAAAUAAAUCUGAUUUGUAAUUUGUUGAAAAUACAACUUAACAACAUAUAUUAAAUGGUGGUGGUUAUUAAUGUUUGAGACAUCGUCAAAGUCAGAACAUUCAUUUAAGGCCGAGGUCUAGUAAAUAAAAGGUGUCUACAGGUUUAUAAAAUUUAAGAUAUAGAUUCUUGCAAUGAUGCUUCAUAACAAUAGUUUUUUUGAUAGAGUGUACCGGGGCUAAAGUUUUUGGUCAACACAAUGAAAAAUAAUGUUUUAAACUGUCAUUUUCAAUGAAUUAUGAGAGAAAUACGAGUUUUGUCCAUUUUUGGCAAAUAAAAUAUAUCUAGAAUGCCUACAGUCUCUCCAAAAAGGAAUUUAACAAACUCUUGACCUCUUUAGAAUGAUAUCAAAUUGAACAUAGGUAUCGGGAUUACUUUUCCCAUGAUUUAACAUUGAAUGUCAAGAAAUUGUUUAAUUUUCAUCAUAAUCCAUUAAAGCCGUAAAGUAUGGGAAAAAAUCUUUAAAUCAAUUAUGACGACAUAAUGGUUCUGGCAUCAAAAAGACACUCUGGAAUCAUUUACUAGAUCUUGACCUUAAGGUAAACAAAAGUUGUAAUUUUUAUUUUUGCAAUGGUGUGAUAUACAAAACAUGAUAUGCAAGUCGCUCAGAGGUAGUCGCUCUUAGCUGCAUUGUGAUAUCUUUUAAUUUUACUAUCAAUCCAUAUGGAAUGUUUUCUGUUUACUUGAGAAAUUGAUACAUUCGUUAAUCACUUUCUACUAUUACUUUUGUGAUGUCAGUAUACAUACAUGUACGCGUACAUUAAAAUUAAAAAAAAAUUGAACUGUUUUUUGUUGAAUUGUCACAAGUGACUCGUCAAUUUUAUGUACAGAUUUUAAAUUAUAUGA